CAAGAGUGGAAUACUUUUGUAGGAGAACCUAAUAAUAUUCCAAUGGCUUUUCGCAUUUCCUUCUUCCUCCACAAUACGUACUUCCUAUCACUAUGCCUUCUCUUCUCUUUCGAGAAGGGCUUUGCCUUAAGUCACAUUUCUAAACAUACUCAUACUGUUCAAUUCAGCUCUCUACUGCCUUCCUCAAUUUGCAACCCCUCAACAGUUCCCAAGGACAAGGCAUCUCUGGAAGUGAUACACAAGUAUGGCCCGUGCUCCCAACUCCAUCAAGAAAACAAUGUCGAUCACGCUCAAGACAUCCACCUGCAAGACCAAGCCCGCGUCAACUGGAUCAACUCCCACCGUCCGAAGAAAUCGACCGCCACGGCCCCCGCCAACGACACGAUAUAUGAACAAGAUGCCACCACCCUCCCGGCCAAGACCGGGGCGGUCAUCGGCUCUGGAGACUACAUAGUGAAGGUGGGGCUUGGGACGCCAAAAGAGGACCUCAGUCUUAUAUUUGACACCGGAAGCGACCUCACAUGGACGCAGUGUCAGCCCUGUGACGGCCACUGCUACAAGCAAAGCGAGGCCAUCUUUGAUCCCUCCAAGUCCACCUCUUACGCCACCGUCUCCUGUACAUCCACAGAGUGCUCUCAACUCAAAUCUUCCACAGGUACAGCGGCAUGUUCUAGGACGGCAUCGACAUGCACAUACGACGAAGGUUACGGUGACGGAUCCUACACCGAAGGAUACUUUGCUAAAGAAACACUAACGCUAGAAUCAGACGAGAUAAACAACUUCCUCUUUGGCUGCGGCCAAAACAAUGGCGGACUAUUCCGCGGAGCCGCCGGGUUGCUCGGACUUGGCCGCAACAAAAUCUCCAUCGUCGAGCAAGCCGCCCAAAAGUACAACCGCCUCUUCUCCUACUGCCUCCCGGCCACAACCAGCUCCUCAGGUUACCUAACCUUCGGCAACUCCGGCGGCGGCGGCUCCGUACAGUACACUCCUCUGCUCACGCCCUCCGGCGGGCUUUCGUCGUUCUACGUGCUCAAUUUAGUCGGGAUCAGCGUCGGCGGACGUCGACUGGAGAUUCCCGCGACGGCUUUUCAGUCGGGGACGGUUAUCGAUUCCGGGACGGUUAUAAGUCGCUUGCCGCCGGCGGUUUACGACGCGUUGAGAACGGAAUUUCGGAAGGACAUGAGUCGUUAUCCGUUGGUUUCCGGCGAUAGACUCCUCGACACGUGCUAUGAUUUUAGCGGGAGCGCUAAUGGAACGGUUGAGAUUCCGAACAUAACUUUCUUAUUCGGCGGCGGGACUUCGGUGGAUUUGGGGCCGGAAAAUACCUUAUUUGGAGUGUCAAAUCCUCAACGAUUCUGUUUGGCGUUUGCCGGGAACGACAAAGACGAUGACAUUGCGAUAUUUGGGAAUGUCCAGCAGCUCACGUUUCAGGUGGUGUAUGACGUCGGUGCAGCAAGGCUUGGGUUUGCUCCUGGUGGCUGUAACUAAUUAAUUAUAUAUUACAAGUAAUGGGUAAUUGUAUUUAUAAAUAAGAGUUGGGUAUAUGCGCCUGGCUCAGGACCAAUUAGCUAGCUUUAAUCAAAUGCUUAAGUUAAAAAGGGGUUUUAGUCAGCUCAGGUCUUGAGUGAUUAGGGUUAUGGAGAAACAUAUAUAUGAAUCUAUUUAAGUAUUGUCAGUUAAUGAAGUUUGCAAGAGAGAUCGAUCAAAAUAUCAAAUAUAUAUUUCUAUGAACCAACUUUCUCUCUUCA